ACCAGCAGUGAAAAUCUAGAGCUGGAGCUCAGCCUCUGGGAAGGCCCAGUAUGGAGGCAGCCACAGCUCCGGAGGUGGCCGCAGGAUCCAAGCUGAAGGUGAAAGAAGUCAGCCCAGCAGAUGCUGAACCACCCCAGGCUUCACCUGGACAGGGGGCUGGCAGCCCCACUCCCCAGCUCCUGCCCCCUAUAGAAGAGCACCCCAAGAUCUGGCUACCUCGGGCCCUGAGGCAGACCUACAUCCGGAAGGUUGGGGACACAGUGAACCUACUAAUCCCAUUCCAGGGCAAGCCCAAACCUCAAGCCAUCUGGACACACGAUGGCUGUGCCUUGGACACCAGCCGUGUGAGUGUGAGGAAUGGGGAACGAGACUCUAUCCUCUUCAUCCGAGAAGCCCAACGUGCUGACUCAGGUCGCUACCAACUCCGUGUGCAGCUGGGUGGGCUGGAGGCCACCGCCACCAUUGACAUCCUGGUGAUUGAGAGGCCAGGCCCUCCUCAGAGUAUUAAGCUGGUGGACGUUUGGGGCUUCAACGCUACCCUGGAAUGGACACCUCCCCAAGACACGGGGAAUACAGCACUCCUGGGAUACACGGUGCAGAAGGCUGACACAAAAUCUGGGCUGUGGUUCACGGUGCUGGAGCACUAUCACCGCACCAGCUGCAUCGUCUCUGACCUCAUCAUCGGCAACUCCUAUGCCUUCCGUGUCUUUGCUGAAAACCAAUGCGGACUCAGUGAAACAGCCCCCAUCACCACGGACCUCGCCCACAUCCAGAAAGCAGCUACUGUUUACAAGACCAAGGGGUUUGCCCAACGAGAUUUCUCUGAAGCCCCAAAGUUUACCCAGCCUCUGGCCGACUGCACUACAGUCACCGGCUAUAACACCCAGCUCUUCUGCUGUGUCCGUGCCUCUCCCCGGCCCAAGAUCAUCUGGCUGAAGAACAAGAUGGAUAUCCAAGGCAACCCUAAGUACAGAGCCCUGACUCACCUGGGAAUCUGCUCCCUAGAGAUCCGCAAGCCUGGUCCCUUUGAUGGAGGCAUCUAUACCUGCAAGGCGGUGAACCCCCUAGGGGAAGCAUCUGUGGACUGUCGGGUGGAUGUGAAAGUUCCUAAUUGAGGACACCUAAGAAGAUGUGGUACUCUGACAAAGCCAGUGCCCAGCAAUGAAGUGAAUUCAUGGCACAGGAGCCAGGGUCCGUGACAAUGGUGCCCUCAGCAGCCUGGUGUCCUCUGGCCAUUUGCUGUCAUGGCUACAAAGUGCUCUCUCUUUUCAGUGCCUCCAGGAAGCCCACCAGUGGUGAGACUGUGUCAAGGAGCUUCGGCACCAUGUCUGGUUUGGAUUCAUCUAAAUAAAUGUGUGGCUCCCCAGUG